AUGCAGCAUCAUCCUUUUAGUGGAACUGCAUUAGAAAAUCCUCAUGAGCAUAUGAUGACCUUCUUGGAGUACUGCAAUACACUCAAACAAAAUGGAGUUCCACCUGAAGCAAUAAGGAUGCAGUUGUUCCCAUUCUCUUUGUCAGGAAAUGCAAGGAUGUGGUUCCAUGCUCUGCCUCAUCACUGCAGGGAUAUUUGGCAGAAUAUAAUGCAAGCAUUCUUUGAGAGGUACUUUCCACCAACAAAAGCUGCAGAAUACAGAGAUAGAAUUACUAGAUUUGUUCAGUUUAGUGGUGAGAGAUCAUUUGUUGAUUCAGCUGCUGGUGGUGGGAUAAUGAACAAGACCCUGGUAGAAGCUACUGAACUGAUUGAGAGAAUGGCAAUUCACAAUUUCUCUAGGUCAAACGAAAGGGCCAUUCAUCCUGUCCAACAAGUCUCAGAAGUGCAAUCAACUAACAUCUGCCAGAUAUGUGGAGAAUUGGGUCACACAACACAUGGAUGUGGAGUCCUAUUGGGUGCAGGCAGUCAAAUUCAAGAAGUUAAUUAUGCUCAGAACCAAGGACCCUACUCACAGAAUUAUAACCCAUCUUGGAGAAAUCAUUCAAAUCUUUCAUAUAAGACAGGUGGUCAGCCAAGUUCAUCAGCCCCAAGUAUUUCAAGUUACAAACAACAAGCUUUGGCUUAUCAACCAGCACAACAACCAUUGUUUCAGACAGGAAGUGCUAUUGAUAUUAGUGAAAUGAUGAAGCUUCAGAAAGAAAUGUUCAGUGGCAUGCAGGAAACUAUGAAAAUGCAGUCAAAAUUGUUUAUCAAGACUAUGCAGCAUUUGACCUUGGGAGUUUCAAAUUUGCAAGUCAGCAACAAUGACAACAAGUUACCCUCUCAAACAGAAACGAAUCCUAAGCAAUGCGGAGCAAUUACAUCGACUGAAGCUAUUAUAACAAGAAGUGGCAAGAAUACUGGGCCAAUCUUGACGGCUCCAUAUGUGGCACCUCACUUAAGGCAGCCCAUGUGUGAAUCUGAAUCUGUUCAAAAGCCAGCAAAGGGAAAAUAA